AUCAAACAGAUCUUGUAAUUGGAUUUACAAUUCAAGCAGGUAUUGAUAAGUUAGAUGUUAUAGCAAAGAUGCGUCUAAAAAAAGAUUUGAUUAUAUUUGAUAAUCCAAGUAAUCAAACAAAUUAUAGUACAUAUAAAAAUCCAAUGGCAGGUGUGGAAUUUUUAUAUACUAUUGCAACAGUAAUUAAAGAAUCAGUUUUAAAUGAGAGUUUAUUAAUUGACGAAAGUAAUACUAUUAUACAUGAUAAAACAUGUGCAAUAGUUAGCAAAUACAUGGCGGAAAAUAUUCCUAUAUUUCAUUAUUUAGGAUUAAUUGAGUUAUUAAAUAUAGAUGCCAAUGCUAUUAUGAAAAUUUUAGAAAAUUUUUUUGUCACAAAAAUGCUAAAUACAGAUGAUUUAAUGCAUUUUAGUAGUGAUAGUGCUAGUGUAAUGUUAG